AUGGAUUCAAUUUUUUUAAUUGCACUAAUACAUUUAAUUUUGGAAAAUUAUAAACUUGAAUCAGUUUAUAUAAAUUUGAUCAUUUAUACAAAAUUAAACCUCUAAAUAAGUAUUUAGUACCUUCAAAUUUUCAUAAUUGGUUUUCAAGAUCUACACUCAAUUAUUGAAAAUUCCAACAUAAAAUUUAUUUAAUCUACAAUUAAUAAAAUGAGUUUUAGAUUAAGAUUUUUACAUUCAUCAAUAGGAUAAUAUUAGUUAAACAAGCUUUUAGAUAUAAUUUUACAAUUAUUUAUUGGACUCUAGAUAUUUGAAAGCUUCUCAAGCCAACAGUUAUUAAUCUCACAUAAUCAAUACCAUGAAGAUUAAAGGAUUAAUAACAUAAUAAAUAUUGUUUCCAUAUAACUCCUUUAUUAUCAUUAUUAUAACAAUAUAAAAUUAGUUAAUCAAACAAUAAUUAUACGCAAAAAUUAGGAUGAAUAAAAAUUCAAGUUAAAAUGA